AUGGAGGCCACUUCUGCUUCCGAGGGCAAAGAUCCCUCUGCUUUCCUGGGAGAGAUCACCGGUGCUCCAGUCACCGUCAAGCUGAAUUCCGGCGUCGUCUACAAAGGCGAGCUACAGUCCGUUGACGGCUACAUGAACAUUGCGCUGGAGAAGACCGAGGAAUACGUCAACGGUAAAAUGAGACGGAGCUACGGUGAUGCAUUCGUACGAGGGAACAAUGGUAUGCUUGGGCUAUGUCUUGUUCAGGGGAUCCCAGACUGA